ACACCAGCACAGCACACUGGAACACCCUCUGCAGCCGGCAGCAACGAAUCCGAGGCACUCAGCUCGACACCUCGACACAGCGUACAACUGCCAAGCUGCAGGCCCAAGAAUGCAUCGCGCAACUCGAGGGGACUGGCGCAGCACGAGUGAAGACGAGGACAGGGACGCUUCAAGCCGCCCUCACGCAGGUCAUGUUCAGGCAGACCACCGCUUUGCUCGUGGCCAUCACCGCCAUGACCAGCGUCACCGCCAGCGCCGCUACAACCCGCGGUGGUACACGCAAAGCAGGCAAAGCGGCGGCAGCAGCAAAAGCGACACCCCAAUCCAGGACACGCUGGCGGCCAUGAGGCAGGCCGAGGCGGAUGCUGAUGUGCAGCAGGACGGCUGCAAGAGCCUGGGAAGCAUUGCGUAUCACUGUAACAACAUUCACACGCAUACGCUCAUUGUGAGAGAGGGCGGCAUUGAAGCGGUGGUGCGUGCAAUGCGCAGGCACGCCGACAACGCCAGUGUGCAGUACUUUGGGUGCUCCGUGCUGCAGACGCUGGCCAUCAACAGCAAAGACGAGCGGAUGAUGUCGUUUCGUCAGAGGCAGCGCAGCAGCUCGAGCGACAACGCAAACAGGGAUGCUGCUGCCACCGCUGGUGCUCGUGAUGGCGCGUCUGCCGCUGACCCGCGGCAAGCCAUCAGAAACAGGCUGCUGGAACAAGGCGCUGUUGCGCUAGUCGUGACGGCCAUGGUCAGGCAUCAGCACAACGUGGGCAUCCACCGGGCAGCGUGCGCGGUGCUGAAGGGCCUGACAAUUGUUCGCAACACCUUCAGGAUCAUGGUUGACGCGAGCGCCAUCGAGGCUGUUGUUGGUGCAAUGAGCCGGUUCGUGGGCGACACCGACGUGCAGUGCAGUGGCUGUGCUGUCCUGCGAAACCUGGCUGCGGAAGCGUACAGGCGGCGAGCAUCGGAUGAACAGCACACGUCGAGCGCACGCGACAAGGGCGACCAGCACGGUGCUGGUGACGACGAUGACGACGACAGCAACGACAGCAACGACAGCAACGACAGCAGCGACAGCAACGAUGAAGACGCAGCGCUGCCACCACCACCAGCAGCGCCGCCACCAACAACAGCGGCAGUGACGCGCGCGCUGAAGCCGAGCGACGCAUGGUGA